AUGUCCGCCUCGGCCGCCGCUACCACCACCACCACCUCUCCAGCCGUCCUGCUGGACCACUCAUGGUUCCCGGAGCUCAUCGACAAAAUAGCGGCCCAUAGCACCCGCGAGACGCUGUACACGCUCCGCCGCGUCUCCCGCGGGCUCAAGGCCACGGCCGAUACCCUCCUGUCGCACGACCUCGUGCUGGAGGGCGUCGGCGGCGUCAUCCGCGCGAGCACCCCCAAACGUCCCCUCGAGCAGUGCUCCUCGGCUGACGGGUUCUCCGAUCGUCUCCCGCUCCAGGGGGCGAUUCCGCACCUUGUCGAGCACUCCAACACCCUCACGCUCGUCGGAAUGGGCUUCUUCGACCCCCGUGCGGCGAACGACGUCGAGGCCGCCAUCGGACACUCGCGCAUCGCCAGGGUCGUCCUCUUCCCGGGAAAGUGCCACCGAUACCACGACCACGCGGUACCUGCGCCCCGCGCUACCGAGCUGGCCAUCCACGCAGGCUUCUGUCCCCUCCGCGGCUCAUUCUCGGGCCGCACCGCUCCUAUUGGUGUGAGCUUCCCCAGAAUCCUCGUGUCGCGCGCCGUCCGCACCGUCCGCCUCUGCGUCCGCGUGGCAACCCAGCCACACGACUCUGUUUUCUACGCCCCGCGUAUCGCGCUCCCCUUCCACUCGGCACACGAGACGGCGGAUACCCGCCUCCACGUGGUGUUUGUCGACGGCGCCCCUACCCACGAGGCGGCGUUUCGGACAGUGUGGUUCAACCAGCACUGGCUGCACGACCUGGUGUACGCGUUUCGGGACAGCUCGGAGAUCCAGCUUGUCGACUUCGCCAAGGCAGCUGGCUUGUUUACGUAUGAUGCGCAUGAUACGGGCACGGUGAGCUUCUCGGAGGAGUUUCAGAGGGGAUGGUUCCGGCACUUGCUCGAUGUGCACGGGUGGUCCGUCGGCGACGCGUUGAGGGACACAACCCUUAGGAGGGUCCGGUUUGCUUAG